AUGGGCAGAGCGAUGGUGGUUAAACAGGGUCUAGGGCUGCUGUUUCUGGCACUGUUCCUACCCACGCAGAUUGAUUGCAACCAAACAUGUGUUGCACCGUUUUCAAGUAACCAGAAUAUCUCCACUGCCCCAAAUCCAACUAAUGGCACCACCAGAGCAGGUGGCGGGGCCCUGCAGUCAACAGCUGGUCUCCUCGCCGUCUCACUUUCUCUUCUACAUCUCUACUGUUAG